AUGACCAACCCUGACGCGAUCUGGCGUAUAUACCCGGAGGGCCCUGUGACCGAGAACACCAUCUUGCUGUACAACGGGGACUGGGACAUCCUCGGUGAUGCAGACCGAGACCUCAGCCCGGAGCUCGUCAACUUUGCAACCAUGGUGCUUCAGGACGACGAACCCAUCGCGUCGGUGCGCUCUACCUUUAAGAUUGCUUACUCCGUGCUCACCCCGUUCAUGCCCAUCGACGAGGCGGGGGCCAUGCGCUGGUAUACGCGCCGUGAGCUCUUUGGCAACCGCAUUUGGAUCGUCCCUGUUCACCUCGAACUCGCCAAUCGGUGGGCCCUUUUCCUGAUCACGGGCCUUGACGUUUGCCGCGUAACGAGAUGCAUCAACGUCUACGUCCUCGGCGCCGUCCAAGGCGACAAGGUCGAAGUGCAAGGCGUCUACCGCACUCUCAAGACGUUUCUUGGCAUGGUCCACGCGCAGGAACCGAACCAGUUUCAGAUGAAGAAGGCGCUACGGGAGUCCUCGACAGACGCGCCGACCAAGACGAUCGAUGACCUCGCCAAGCCCACGAUGCCGACGCAACCAGAGUUCCCGAGGAAGCUCGCGGCGAUUGACUCGGAGGACGAAGCGACGCCUUUGGAUGCUCGGCAGCAGUUUUUGCAACAGCUCGGCGCAACGUCCGACAUCGUGACGUCGUGCAUGAGCUUCGAAGCGCAUGACACGCCGGCUUGGGAGCGCUUCUUUGCUUCUCUACGCCCGGCGUGGGUCAUGCCGGCGCCGGUCUUGGCCGAGGUCCGCUCAAGCUCGGCGUGUGUCUUGGGUAUCGACGGCGCCACGAGCCCCGAUUUGAAGCUCACGGCGCCAGACAACAACAACGCUAUUUCCGAUGAAGAGCUUGUUGAGGACGAAGAAGAAGCGCAGCUACUGCGUGCGCUGGAUGUCUUUGACGAAGCCGCCGAUAUUACGGACGCGCUCCUUUUUUCCCCGGAGAUCGCUUGUAAGGAAGUCGAUCUCACAGCUCAGGACACCGAGCCCGAGACGCCACUGAAUGCGCAGGACCUUUUCACGUCGAUGUUUGAACCAGUCAACCAUACGCUUAACACGACAACAGUGGUCUGCAUGCCGAAGAUCCUCGCGCUCAAGGUCCCGCUUCGGACGGCGUCGAACGUCAAGCGGCAUUGGCCAGUACUGGCCCCGACGGUGCUACAUUUGGACGCGCUCAUGACCUCCAAAGGCACACAGCUUGCCGUGCACCGGUACCACCUCGCGAGCGUCGCUCAUUACAGUGAAGAAGGCCCCGUUGCAAGCCAUCACUUUGUCGAUGUGGUGAAAGACGUCGACUUGCUCAAGACCUGUACGCGCUUCCGUGACAGCGCCUGGGAAACGCUGGAACUGCACCAAAAAGAUGACGAGCCAACGGACUGCCUCCUCUACUACUACUAG